CCCCCCGAUCACCCCCCCCCCUUCCCAGUGGAAGUUGUGCACGUCGAGGGUUUUUCGUUUGUUUGUUUUUGGGUGGAGUUGUCGGCCGAUGUGAGGACUACCGAGCGAGACCCGUCGGUAGGAAGAGAGGAGACGGAGCGCUGCAGCAAAGUUUAGGAGGUGCUACGACUGUGUUCCGAGUAGCAACCUGAAGUGUGACUCACAAGCAUGAGGAUUCACUGAGCCGAGAGAUGAGAGAACCUGUCUAUACACCUCCAAAUGCCUUUCUUCCUCCUCCCUUGCACUAACUUGAGUGUCCUCUUCUCUUAAUCUCAUUGUACACAUUUCUCGCCGCUUUACAUCUCCUCUCCAGAGCCCUGACCUUGGACCCCCUACUCCUUCUCCAACCAUGGCACACCGAUCUCAGAGUUCAUCGGUCGGUGACAACCCACUCGACCCAAACUACCUGUGCCCUCAUUACCGUGAGGAGUACCGCCUAGCUGUUGAUGCUCUGAUAGAAAAUGACAUACAGGGUUACUUUGAGUUCCUCCAGAAAGAAGAGUUGGUCAGUUUCCUGUCACAGACAGAGAUUGAAUUUAUCAAGUCAACAAUCCAUACGCCCAGCCAGACUUCCGGUGUGCCAGAGCUGACAUACCACGACGUAGGUCAGGAUGUCGAAGGCUCCUCCGACACAUACUGGCCGAUGCAGUCCGACCUGGACGCCCCGGGGCUGGACCUGGGCUGGCCGCUGCCACAGCAAUGCUUCAUGGGGCCCACGGAGGUCACUGCUCUGGUCAACCCUCCCGACCCAGACAUGCCAAGCAUCAAGGAGCAGGCCAGGAGACUCAUCAAGAACGCACGCCAAGUUAUUGCUGUGGUGAUGGACACGUUCACAGAUAUUGACAUUUUUGCGGAUCUUCUGGAAGCGGCUGCCCGCCACAUUCCAGUUUACAUUCUGCUGGAUGAGCAGGAAGCCCAUCACUUUGUUUCUAUGGUCGUCAACUGCAAAGUCAACUUGGACAUGCAUCCUAUGGUGCGGGUGAGAACUGUGGCAGGUAUAACCUAUUAUUCCUGCACUGGGAAAUCAUUUAAAGGGCAGGUGAAGGAUCGUUUCCUACUUGCUGACUGCAAAGCUGUACUCAGUGGCAACUACAGUUUCAUGUGGUCCUUUGAGAAGAUCCACCGCUGCAUCGCCCACCUCUUCCUCGGGGAGCUGGUCACCUCCUUUGAUGAAGAGUUUCGCAUUCUCUUUGCUCAGUCAGAGCCUCUAGUCAUUGACGCAUUCAAUGGAUCACUUGCCCCGUCUGACUCCAGCAGCACCAGCAGUUACUUGGGCAACCAGUAUGGUCUGAAGAGGACCCAGUCUUUGCGUAACCAGAUAGGUUUCCGCAGGCAGCCUGAGCUUCCCGCUGCCUACCCCUAUGGAGACUCCGAUCGUAACCCCGCACUUCCUUUCCGAAGGGCUGAUCCAUUUCGCCACACCAUUGAACCUGGUCCAGGAAUUACAAUUGGAAAAUAUUCCCAGCAACAGUUUCGUCUUCAGCAGUCAUACAUGGAGCAGGGGAGGUCCCUGGUUUCCAGACAAAUGGAGAUGGGUAACACCGCCUACAACAGGCACAGCUAUGCAGAGGGGACCCAGGAAAACUACUCAUCUUCGAGGCAGUACAUGAGGCAAAGAGUCAUGAAUAAUCUGGAUGAGACCCAUUUCCAAAGGGAGCAGAUCCAAAGUAGCCAUUACUACAAUGAAGGGCCCGGGCCGGGAUCUGGCCAAGGACACUAUGACAGACUUCGAGGUCGUCCUUCACCACUCCCCAUUGACCAGUAUUCAAAUUCUAGCUAUCGCUCAGAUCCAGAGCCACCACAAGGCCAGGGCUUAUUUUCCUCUGAGGACUUGAGAGGAUCUGAGGGACACCAGGCACCUCCAUUAGCUAGGAGGUAUGGAGGAGAUUCUUCCAAUAAAAGGGGAACCAUCGGUCAGGCAUAUGCCUGCCUGAAUUCACCCACGCAGCCCCACCAACCGGACAAGAAACUGUCUGCCAAACCAUCAGAUCAAGAGCAUGAGGAAGAUGAUGGUGCUAAGCAAGGCAUGAGGAGUUGGAGAAUCCAAUCUUAUCUAAGCACUUAUGAGGACACUGGAGAGGAAGGUCUGACUCAACCUUUGGGGCCUGAUGCGUUUGAAGAUCUUCCACCGUCUCAGCAGCCAUCUGCCACUGAAUAUUUGGCUUCUCGCUUUGGAACAAAGGAGCCACCAGAUGUUCCUCUAAAACCCCGACCAGAUACCAUUAGGCCACGUUAUGGAAAGCCCAACUUACACGAGGGCAACAGCAAAGACUAUGACCCAACCAAAACCAAGGAUCUGCUUCCAUCAGUCACUGACUAUAAAUCGUUUGCACUGGACAAAAAGGCCAAGGAGGCUGAGAAGGAAAGGGAGAGAGAAACAGAAAGGGGUGUGGGAAGGGAGGUGGGUGUAGACGUAAAGGUGAAAGAAGCUCCAGAUAUCCUCCUGUCCAAACACGAAUCAUUCCGUACACGUGUUAACCCACUCCUUCAGCGUAGCUCUCGCCUGCGUUCGUCGCUCAUAUUCUCGUCUUCCAAAGCAGAGAUGCACAGUGGUAGCCUUGGCCUAAAAGCAGCAACAGAGGCAGACGAAGAGCUGGACACAGUGCGCACUUCCUCGAUUGUGGCCCAGAUCCUAGAGAAGAGACGGCAAUUGACUCGUGAGCCUUCCGAUUGGAGAAAGAAGGCAGAAGAAAAGGAGAAGGAGAAAGAGAAAGAAAGGGCAAAAGAGAAGGAGGAAGAAAUGGAGAGGCAGAAAGAAAAAGAGGAAAGAGAGCGACGACAAAGGGAACAAGAGAUUCAAUUGAAGGUUGAAGCUAAAGAAGAACCUCAGAAAACCAGCGCAGAGGGAAAGAAGACAGCAGCUGAAGUCACAACAUCAUUAUAUAUGAAUAUCAAUGACCCAGCAAAUAGACUUCAGUAUUUCAAAGACCUGAAUGAAAAAAGGAAAGCCUCAAAAAUGGAGGUCGAGUCCUCUCUAAAAGCCACAGAGCCUGCUGAAAAAAAGCCAGACCUUUCUGAUAAACCUCCCCUAAAAACUACGAUCCCAGCUGCCUCCGUUAGCUCAGCAGAGCCUGAACCCAAGAAGAUGGACAUCUCUGCAAAACUGAUGGAGCUCACUCGCAGAUCUUCAUUUAGUUCCUCAAAACCACCCAUAAUCGGCAAGCCGAGCCACCUGCGGCCUUCGGAGACCACUCAACCACCUAAAGAGGAAAGUGCACCUGAGGUUCCAAAAAAGGACAUAUUCAAGUCUCUAAAGCCGCUCCCUUCACCUAAGUUAUUUAGGAAGGAUCCGGUGAAGUUCAAAGCCUUUAAUUCUCAUCGCUCCUGCGGUGAAGAGAUUCUGACCACAGACGCGACGGAUGCAGAAAAGAGUGAACUAAAAAAGAGCCGCUCUCAUAGUUCUUCAACCUCGACACAUGACGAAUCCAGGGAAGGACUGCACAAAGUAAUGGGAUCUAACACAUCCAUCAAUACGCUUGGGGAAGGGAAGGGUGAGGGGAAGACACUUGACUUCUUAAAGAAGCAGACUCAGAGGCUAAAGGGAUUCCUGGGGCCCAAGGACAAAGAAAAGAAAUCUUCCGGGGACGACAGGAGCAUGAGCACCGUCAGAGAGGCCACUGAAGAUUCCAGCAAAAAGCAGAGUUCAUCAGCUACGGACCAAACUUCAGCCAAUCACAAGACAUCGACUGGCGCUCCGGGCCCAUCUCGAUACCAGAGCCAGGGCAGCUCCAUCAUCUACAGCAGCAACCUGCGAGAUGACACCAAGGUCAUUCUGGAGCAGAUCUCGGCCAACAGCCAGAAGAACCGACUAGAGCGAGAAGAGCCGGGAGGGGACCGAGACGGUGACGGAGGGGACAAGGGGCUGGAGAGACAAAACUCCAUCAAAAAGAGUCGGUUCCUGAAUCCACACACCAACGUCCAGGAGCGGGAGGGGUUACUGAAGAGGAUGGAGAGUAUGAGGAAGGAGAAGAAGGUCUACAGCCGCUUUGAGAUGGGGAAUAACUUGGGAUAACGAAAGAUGGAGGGCCACCUUUUUAAAUGGAGACUUUCUGUGCCGGAUGAUCAAAGAGACCCAUUGCCCGUAUGUGCCAACACCACAACCAAAGUUCCUCUGCAGCUCGACAUUGCAGCCUUACAUGGAUUUAAACAAGAAGCAAUAAAACUUGAAAGGCAAUAUGUAAAAAUGCUGAAAACAAACCAAAGUCAUUGGGUCUGGAAUGUGCCUGCGUGCCAAGACCUGGUACGACUUUGACCGUAUAUGGCAAGUGAGACUGCACACCAGCCAAUGUUCCACUAAACAGAAAUAAAGGUAGGGCGAUUCACCCAAAACUAAACUUGUAUGAACGUGGCUGAGGGAGUUAGGGACGAUGAAAGAAAGACGGUACGCAACCCACCUCCGGGAAAAGAAAAUAGAUCCAUGCCUUUUAAAAAACAACUUAAAACACCAUUGUUGUGCAAUGCUGGUAAUCGUUUGAAAGUGAAUGGGAGAAAGUGUCCUUGUGGAUUAACUGUGUGCCAGAUGGGUCAAUUAUUAACCUAGAACAGAGAUCAAAGAUGAGAAAAUGAAGAGGAAUAAAAUCAUAUGAAGAAUGGAUGAUUAAAGGCAAAUAUAUGAGAUCAUAGUGAAUGAAAGAAACUGGAAGAAAAUUGGAACUGUAUAAUUGUGACGUGAACCUACUUCUCAGGGUGGAAGAUGUCAAAUACCAUUGAGAGGGACAUACAGUCCUUUGUGGUGGGUGGAGUGGGGUUCUAAUUGGAAAUGUGCUAGUUUUGUGUACAUAAAAGACAGAUUGAACUCAAAAAUGUACCCCAGUUUUGGUUUCUUUAACUUCUCACUUUAAAUUUAGUCACAACCUAUAAAGGAAGGGAGGAGCAGUGCUUCCUUACGUAAGUCCCUUAACUCCUGAGUCCUACGCCCUACACACAGCCGAUAACGCCUUUGUUGGUCGGUAAAUACCAGUCAAACAGAGCUUCAGUCACACAACAGUUUCCAGGCUGCUCGAGAGCUCGGUCGCGAUUCAAACCGUUUUGGACAGUACAUAAGGGACUUGUGGAGCUAUGUUGACACUUCAGGGGUUACACGGUUUUCUAUACGGGAUUAUAAUGUACAUAUUUAUUUCAAAAGGGGCUUGUUGAUAAUCUACUAAUUAGAUGUGGACAAUCCUCAUUGUACUUUCAAAGUGCCUCUGGUUUAUUUUAAUUGAUGUGUAAGUGUGGGGUCUUCGCUGGAAAAACUAAUUGGCAUUAUGUGGGGGGAAAUCCAUUGCACGGGGCCAAUGUGUUGUUGUUUUAUGAAACCUCGGAUAGUAUUAAAUUGUACUUGAAAUAC